UUUUAAAGAAAUUCAUACAACACUUUGGACAGUUUCAAAUACUUGUGUAACAGAAUUAUGUCCUCGCAGAUUAAUGCUGAAAUGUGCGGAGGAAAGGGCUCUGAGGCGACCGGUGCUGGAGCUGCGGCAUACAUGAAUUCAUUCUCCAGUGAAAUGUCUAUGAAGCUGGAACUGAAAUCGUCUCCCAAGCAGAUAUGCAUACCACCACAUCAACGCCAUCGGAUGGCCAGCUCGGAAAUGUGUGUCUCUACAAAUAGAAAGGAUACUGAGAUGCCGGACAAGUCCUGGUCAGUGUUGUAUGUCGGCGCCAAGAAGGAUGAUAACUUUGAAUAGCAGACAAACGUUCCUGUUGCCUUCUAGAGUCCUAAUUUAACCACCUAAUAUUAAUUGUGAUUGACUUGUACGCAUCCACAUCAUUCAGUCUCACCCAAUGCUAUAAUAUACAAAUUCUCUCACUCGUGCCAGUGCAUAGUAUAUAUAUCA